AUGUAUUCUCGUUCUAUCAGUGCUCUCAAGAGUGUGCCAAGAACCUCCUUGGCCAGAAACUAUGCACUCUCUGCAAAGGCCCAGGCACUUAUCUCCAAGUCUGUAAGAGAGGUGGACCCAGAAAUGGCCCUGAUCUUGCAGCAAGAGAAGGACAGACAGAGAAACUCCAUCACUUUGAUUCCUUCAGAGAACUUCACUUCCAAGGCCGUCAUGGACUUGUUGGGUUCGGAAAUGCAAAACAAGUAUUCUGAGGGCUACCCGGGUGAGAGAUAUUACGGUGGCAAUGAGAUAAUUGAUAAGGCGGAGUCUCUCUGUAGAACCAGAGCGUUGGAAGCGUUUGGUUUGGACUCUGCCAAAUGGGGCGUCAAUGUGCAAUCCUUAUCUGGAGCACCUGCCAACUUGUACGCUUACUCGGCUAUUUUGGAGGUUGGUGACAGAAUCAUGGGGUUGGACUUGCCCCACGGUGGACACUUGUCUCAUGGCUACCAAACGCCAUCAGCCAAGAUCUCGUACAUCUCGAAAUACUUUCAAACUAUGCCAUACAGGUUGAACGAAGAGACUGGCUUGAUUGACUACGAUACGUUGGAGAAGAACGCUAUAUUGUUCCGUCCUAAGGUCAUUGUCGCGGGAGCCUCUGCCUACUCCAGAGUCAUCGACUACAAGAGAAUGCGUGCGAUUGCCGACAAAGUGGGUGCAUACCUCUUGUCUGAUAUGGCACACAUCUCUGGCUUGGUUUCUGCCGGUGUCACAGACUCUCCAUUCCCAUACUCGGACAUUGUCACCACUACCACUCACAAGUCUUUGAGGGGCCCACGUGGUGCAAUGAUCUUCUUCAGAAAAGGUAUCAGAAAGGUCACCAAGAAGGGCAAGGAGAUUCCAUAUGACUUGGAGAGAAAGAUCAACUUCUCGGUCUUCCCAGCCCAUCAGGGUGGUCCACACAACCACACAAUCUCUGCCUUAGCCGUUGCUUUGAAACAGUGCUCGGCUCCAGAAUACAAGGAGUACCAACAAAAUGUUGUUGACAACGCUAAGGCCUUCGCUAAGGCCUUGGAGUCCAGGGGGUUUGAAUUGGUAUCCAAGGGGACCGACACUCACUUGAUUCUUGUUGACUUGCGCUCCAAGAAAAUCGACGGUGCCCGUGUUGAAGCGGUUUUGGAGAGAGCCAACAUUGCUGCCAACAAGAACACAGUUCCAGGCGACAAGUCUGCUCUUUUCCCUAGUGGAUUGAGGGUGGGUACACCUGCAAUGACCACGAGAGGGUUCGGUGCCGAGGAGUUUGGCAAAGUUGCCGAGUACUUUCAGAGAGCCGUCGAUAUUGCCAUUGACUUGAAGAAAAAAGAGCAGGGUUCUGUUGCUAAGGAGUUAUUGGCAUCUUUCAAGACCUUGGCUAAUGAAAGUGCAGAGGUGAAGGCUUUGGACGAAGAAGUGAAGGCUUGGGCCAGCAAGUAUCCUGUUCCAGGAGACUUGUAA